UUUAGCUGUCUUGUCAUGUAACAUGUCAUGUCACCUUCUUUCGUGUAAUUUUCUAUGUUGCUUAGGGUGGGUUAAAGUUUGCUUAAAGUCAAACAAAGAUAUUUGGCCCGGUGACAGGGACUCUGCUAUCGCGGCUAGUUCUGUUCCAAAAUACGUAAACCUGCUCAGGCACAAAAAUUGAAAAAAAAAAGAAUUACAGUACAACAAGGAUUAUGUGACACUUUUAACAGUGUGGCGCUAGUGAGCUGUCAAAGAUGCCGGGUCAAAAAACGUCUUCGAUCUACAUUUAUGUAGAUUUUGCUAAUUUUCCGACUGAUAUACACGAUAAUAUUUGGAAUAUCAUUGACAAAGAAAGAGAAAGCUGAUGAAGUUAAAAUGCUCUCAAAUGAAAAUGCACAAUUAAAAAAUUUUAAUUUUAAAUUAAAUUCAGACAUGAUGAGUCUGAAAAAGAGGAUUUUUGAGUUGCAACAAGAAAAAUUCUCCGAGUACGUGAGGCUAAUGAGAGAGCGAGACGGCCGCUACUCGCUGUACCAUCAGAAGUUGCAGUUGGAAGAGCGAGUGAAGCAGCUGACAGACAGCGCUGCCGGAGGCCGCCACGAGGACCCUCUGCUGCUGCGAGUGGCGCUCGACCGCUGCAGGGAGCAGUUGGCGGCGGCGCAGCGCGAGCUGGCGCGGCUGGCAGACGAGUGCGCCGACACCGUGCCCCGCCGCGACUACGAUGCGCUGGAGGCCCGAGAGCGACACCUCCGCAAGGAGCUCCGACAGACCGGCAAGGAGUACCGCGCUCUCGAGACCUGCUACAAUCGCACACAAGCUCAGAAGAAUAGCUUGCAAGAAGAGCUGGAAGAAGUGAAAGAGCGUUGUCGCGAGCUGGAGCGGGCGGGCACUCCGCGGCCGCACUGGGAACUGUGUGCAGAUUUCAUUGGCGGCGGUCGGGAGAGGUGGCGGCAGCUGACGCGGGGCCUCUCCUCGCGGGACGUUCUCGUGGUACUGCUGCGCGAACUGGGCCCCGCCGCAGACACCGACCAUUUGGAAUAUUUUGAUGGACUGGGCACGGACCCAGCGGUGCCGCCGUACCUGCGGUACUCGGGGCGGGUGCGCAACCUGCGGCUGUCGCGUCGCGAGCUGAGCGUGGUCAUCAGCGACGUGUGGCGCAGCAAGGCGCAGCGCGCGCGUCACACGCCCCUGCAGGACUACCUCGCGCACUACUUCGAGGAGAGGUACCAGCAGGCGGCGGUGCGCGCCGAGUGGGCGUACAACGUGUGCGCGGCGGCGGAGCAGGCGCUGGACGAGCCGCAGGUGCGCGUCUUCUGGGGCGUGCUGCGCGGCCGCCUCUCCGAGGACCUCUACUGGGCACACCGCGACCAGUGCCAGACGCUGAAGACGGCCCUGUAUCGCCGCUCCGGCGACGGGGAGUCAAUCACAUUGGAAGAGUUCGAGAAGGUGGCGAAAGUCACUUUCCCUCUAAAGAGCGAAGUCGACAUAAAGAAUUUGUCGAACGUCGUGAGGAAGCAGCUCAAGAUGAAGAUCAACCAGAACCUUAUUAAUUUGGACAAAUUAUUUUUCGAGCAGAACGAGGAAGGGUUUGAUCGGUUGGAGUUCGCCCGCGAGUUGUUCCGGCAGCGGCAGCAGGCGCAGGAGAAGUACGUGCGCGAGCUGGCGGCCGAGCUGGCCGGCGAGGGGGCCGCACACAUGGUCGGCGUCGACAGCCUCAAGCGCGCCUUCGCCCUCCUCGACCCCGCCAUAGAUCACGUUCGCAUGGAGCGUAACAUUCGCUGGGCUUUCUCGGACCAGACGUCCGCGUUGGACAACUUGGCGCCGCGGCCGCUACGCGCGGUGCUCGCGCGCCUCGCGGCCGGCCACAUCGAGCGCGUGGGACCUCGCGCUCGCGCUCGCCCUCGCCCUCGCCCUCGCCCUCGACAUAAGGCUGGGCCCGCACAGCGGAGGACCUUUUACAAAUAUUCUAGUAGACUAUAGUGUGUCUAUUUAAGAUAGAUUAGUUUCACAACUGACGCCUAUAUGGUAUUGUAUUAAUUUUGUAUGAGGAUUAAUGUUGCGCUUCUUGGACGGUUGUCAUAGUGUCGGACCGUAAGCGCAUCAAGAACAACUAUGAACUAUCGAUAAUCGGUCUUGUAAUAAUAGUUAUCGAACAAAUAAACACUAAAACAUAUGAAUUUUGUUAUUUUUAGAAUUUAUUACAGAUAUUUAGUUAUGUCUCGCGCAAUUAACUAAAAAUACAUUUAAAACAGUUCUUUUUAUUCAACAUCUCAAAUUUUGGUGUAAUUUUUAUUUUUCUACGUGGUUUUGAAGAAGUUGGCAUUUAUAUUUCAUAUGCUGACUGUCAAAUUAUUUAAGCCAAUGCUAUAAGUGUAGACUUGUAAAUAGCUAUUAUAUUAACUCUAUAUUAAUUAUUAAGUCACUAAUUAAAUUAAAAUUA